AUGGAAGAGGCCUCAAUCUUUGUUCAUGUUGCCAUUAAUGAUAUCACUGGAAAGAACAAAUCGAGCAAUGCUGUAAAACAGCUCAUCCAGAAAAAUUUAAUGCAAACAUCUGAGGAUGGCACAAGGACAUCGUUUGCUCCAAAUUUUCUGAAAAAAUCUGGAGCUGGAAAGAGCCAAGCAAAGUCCAAGGAAGUAUCACAGGAAUCUUACAGCCGAGAGGAUUUCCUCAACAGACGUUACAGUGAUGAUGUUAAUUCACAGGAUAGUAGGACUGCUUCUCAAAGUCACUCUCUUCACAGGGGAGCUCAAAGCGAGCCUUUGAAAAGAUCCCACAGGGUUUGUUUCCAGGAACCCGAGGAGAGGCUGGGGGUAACCCAGAGCCACUUGUCUUCUACUGACAGUUGUGGAGAAUCAGAAAGACUCUCAAACUAUGUCAAUUUAGGGUUUAGUCCAAGAGAGAACCCAGAAGUUAAUCCAACAGUUCAAAGAGGCAAUAGCAAACUAAGGGUUGAGCUAAGCCAGAGUCACUUCCCUUCUAUCAAUAGUCGUGAAGAAUCAGGAAGUACUGCAAUCUAUGUUAAUUUGGGGUUCAAUCCAAGGGAGAAUCCAGAAGUGAAUCCACCAGCCCAAACCAAACAAAACAAAUUAAUUGUUGGGGUAAGUCAGAACCCAACCUCUACAGGUAGUUGGGGAGCAUUGGGAAGAUCUUCAAAUUACAUCAAUUUAGGAUUUGAUUCAAGGGAAAGCCCAGACCUGAGUACAUCAUCUCAAAAAGACCAAAGCAAAUUUAAGCUUGAGGUAACCAGGAGACAUUUUUCCACUAGUGAUAGCUGUGGAGCAUCAGAAAACGCCUCAAAUUAUGUCAACUUGGGAUUUGAUCCAAGGGAAAAGCCUGAGCUGAGUCCAAACCAAGCCAAACUAAGUCACCAGGAGGAUGCUAUUUCCAAAGCCAGUGACUUGCCCCCAUUAGUCCGAAAAGAAGAUGCUGAUGCUGACCCAACACUCUCACUUGAACCUGAAAUAAAAGUUCUUGCUCCCCAACGGCCUGACCGGCCUUCUCUGUCUAAACAAUCCUCAGUGGUAGAAAAGGUCUUUAAAGAUCCUGAGCCUGAAUGUGAGAGGUACCAGCCAGCUCUGGACCAAGAAAUAGAUUCUUUCAGUAGACAUAGGGCUUUCAAAAAUGUAGGUCUACAGGGAGCACUUACGUCCUUCAAGCUUCAGCCAAUAUCAGACCACAAACCAGAAACUUGCACUGAAAUUUGGACUCCAAAAAGCCAAAGUAUAGGUGUAGGGCAUCAGAAAGAAUGCAAAUCCUCCAAGUUUGAUCCAGAAGAAAAUAGAUAUACAAAGCACAAGGGUGAACAGCGGACUCUAUCAAGCCCAAGGCUAACAACUGUCAAAAGUGGUUUUGGACUAAGGAGUUCUGUAAAUAUUCAAGCAAAACCAGCAAAUGAGUCGCUGUCUAUUCUGGCAACUCCUGCAAUGAACAAACAGGUCCUGUACAACAGAGGCAGUCAAUCCUCCACAGAAUCACCAUCUGCACAGAUCACACAGUUGCACAGAUCACACAGCAUCCCAAGACGACGGCCUCUAACCCCCCCAAACACCCAACACAACUUUAAGACUGACGUCUGGAAAUAUUCUCUACCCCAAAACAACAUAAGCCCUGUCCCACAGGAAUCCUCUGCUCCUGAUCUUCCUAAUAAUCAUGGCCUUUCUGAGAGUGACUCCAGCAGCGAGGGCAGUUUGAACAGCUUGGACCUGAGCACUCUGCCAUGCCGACUCCCUGUAAGCCAGCAGCAAAAUGUGGGGACGCUGCAGAGGGAAAUGAAUGCUUUGUUUGAGCAAAAAAUGACAGAGAUCCGCUGUCACUCGCCAUUAUUUUUCAGCGAUCACUCAACUUUGUAGAAAUACAUACAUGAAGCAAAGAAAUGGAUAAGAAAUUCUGCAAAAACUGACUGCACCAAAUGCCU